UUCCUAUCAUGAGUUGGUACACGUAGUCUGUAGUAGUUGAGUAGUCCGUGAUUUUUAUUAUGUGAUCAUAUUCAUAGAUAUAAACUAUGUUCAUAUUACGAUGUUACAUAAUAUCAUAGAACAAUGUUAUUUUAUUUUCACAGAUGAUAUAUAUAUCAUACAGAUCGACGUGAUGAAUGAUAGCUGUUCUCUGUUCUCUGUGGAUAUUAAAUUGACCACCUGUUCUUACUUUCUUAGUUCUUUUUCAUAUUUUAUUAUUAUCUAUAUAUUGUUGUUAUGAUUUUCCAAACGAUUACUCUUAUGCCUUAAUAGCCUUAUGUUAACUACUGAGACUUUUGUGACUAUUAUUUUUAUAGUUAACAAUUCAAAAUUGAUCAAGAUAUCCGAAGAUUAUUACAAUUUUAAAAUUCACUUGUAAUUGUUUACCCUAUUCACAAAUACCAACAGUUUAAUAAAAAAAAAAUAAUGUUAUUAUCUAAUGGCUUGAUAGUAAACUAUAGAAAUUAAUUUUUUUGAAAUUUUAAAUUAGUGAGCGAUUCCAAUAGCAAAAGAAGACAUGAUGCCUAGAGGAAAAAAUGGUUAUUCCUGGGAAUUGAACUCAGGAACUCAAGACAGUGAGCCUUUACUAGAAAGGGAUACUGAAGAUCCAGAUGAUGUGUUAUUUACAUCCCGCCCAGGCACUUCAACUUUUGUGGCAGAUAUGCUUAGUUCACACUCUCAUAAGAUGAAUAAUCAACACAAUCAACUUGACCUCAUAUCCAAUUCAGUAAAAACUUUGAAAAAUGUUUCAGAAGAUAUAAGUGUUGAAUUAGAUCAUCAAAAUGUAAUGCUUGAAAAUUUAAGCACUGAAUUAGACAAAACAGAAUCAAGAUUAGACAUGGUAUCAAAAAAGGUGGCACAAGUUCUUCAAUUGUCUGAUGGUAAUAUUUUAGUAACAUCAAAUUAUACUAUUUCAACAAGAUUUUCUUUGGUAAUUACUUUAAAAUUUAAAAAUUUCAAGCAAGAAAAACAGGGUUCAUGGCUCAGUAUCGGUGUAUUACACUCUCUGUAAGAUUGGUAACAUUGACUAAUUCAAUUAGUUUUAAUUUAUUGAAUUGGAAAAUUAUUAAGGGGAUUGGAUAUUAUGAUUUUCUGUCUUUGUUGAACAUACCUAGGAUUUUAGACGUGUUCUAAGUUCUUUGCUAAAUGUACCAAUUGAUCUAAUGAAGUGAUAAGUAUUCUUACAACAGAUUUGAAUUUGACUACUUGAGAUCGAAUUUCUCACACUUCUUCAAACUCAAAAGAUAACAAAUUCAGGAAAAUUCAUCUCAAGUAGACUUGAUGAUAAAUUCAAAUGUUUUCAGAAUUCUUAUCGCUUCACUAUUUCAAUCGGUACCCUAGGUAAAGCCCACAUCCAAAAACCUAUGUCACUCAUGUGUUCGAUAAAGACAGAAAAUCACGGUAUCUAAUCCCCUUAAGACAAAAUAUGAACAUGUAUAAAAGAUACAUAUUAUAGUAUUUUUAUUACUUAAAACAAUUACGAUAUUACAUAUUUGAUAUUAUUUUUAUGUCCAUGAGAUGUAAGCUAUAAUUUUGGUACUUUUGGUACUGGUUUUUAGUGCCUAUGCUGUUUAUUUCAUAUCUCUAAGGCCAUAAAAUUCAAAUUAUUCAUUAUUCUGUGUUUUUAAAGUAUGCCUAAAUAAAAAGCAGGGAAGUGGAUGUUGCUUUGCUGGACAGUAGGACUUGUCACUUUAAUGGAUGGUGU